AUGCCAAAUUGGGGAUAUAUUUUCAAGAAACUAGGACUAAGCAGCUUGCUAGGAUUUGUACGAUUCACAACAGAUGGAUUCCCACCGUUCAGGGAUUCAUCACUUCUCAUCCAGAACCAACUCUUUGAUGAGGUGCCAGUGAGGGUUUAUCAACGUAAAAAAUCAACUGCCAGGCAAAGGAAAGCUGUCCUUUUCUUCCAUGGAGGGGCUGGUACUUUUGGAAGCAUUGAUGCCUAUGAGAGAAUAUGCCGAUAUAUUGCCAAGGAAACCGAUUCAGUGGUCGUGUCCAUCGGGUACGGCUUGGGUCCAGAGAACCCUUAUCCAAACCAAUAUGCUGAAUGUCUCAAGGCCACCGUGCACUUAAUGAAGAAUUUAGAAGACUAUUCUGUUGAUCCUUCCCGUAUUAUUCUUACUGGGGAUAGCUGUGGAGCAAAUUUUGCAACACGCAUUUGCCAGUUACUGGUGGACAGAGGAGAGCUCCCCAAAGUACAUGCACAAAUCUUGAUCUAUCCAGGACUGCAGGCAAUUGACUUCAGUUUGCCUUCAUAUCAACAGAACUGCAGAGUACCAAUUCUGUGGGGCGAUCUUCUUAUCUUUUUCUGCUGCCUUUUUCUCAACAAGAAUACAUCCAUUGUGUACGAUGUCUUGAAUAACUGCCAUGUUCCUGAGGAUAUACGACUGAAGUACAAGAAAUGGGUGAAUGCAGACCUCAUUCCUGAAGAAUUCAAGGUUAGAGGAUACAAACCCCAAGAUCCUGCCUUGCGUAAAUUUAAGCCUAAAGUAUAUGAAGACAUGAAACACGUUUUUGAGGAAACUUUUUCACCACUUCUUGCUGAGGAUGCUAUCAUCUCCAAGAUGCCCCAGACAUGCAUUAUGACCUGUGAGUUUGACGUCCUUAGAGACGAUGGAUUGUUGUACAAGAGACGGCUGGAAGAUAAUGGCGUGCCAGUAAAAUGGUUCCACAUUGAGGAUGGCAUCCAUGGAUCAGCCAUUUCAUUUGGCUAUGGAUUCCUUUGCCUUCCAUCUGCAAAACAGAUUCUGAACAAAGUUGUAGAAUACAUAAAAAGCCUGUGA